AUGGAAGGUGCAUCUUCUAUUUUUCGUAGCAUCAAGCCCAAAUGUGUGGAAUUGGCAGAAAUUACUUUGGCUAAUGGCAGCUCAUCAUCAUUGCAACGAGCAAACGCCUUAAAAGGAUUAGACGAUAUAUUGAAUCAAUCAAUUGCAUCGUACGGUGGUCCUGAUCUUCAGAUACCCAUAAGCCUGGCGGAUUAUAUUAUGGUUCCUCUCACAGGAAUUCUGAAAAGAGAAACAUUAACUGAUACGGAAUUAGAACACGUUCUUUCUAUUAUUUUUCAGCUUCUCAAGUUCUCUUGGUGUAAGCCGGGCUCCCUGUCCAAUGAACUAUUCAACCAGUACAUUGUACUGCUAACUUUUCUGGUUGGAGGUAAACCGGGACAGUUUUCUAUAAAGAAACAUUCUGAUGAAACAUUUCAAAAUGGGAUCAAUUGUAUUCAUGAAUUAGUUAAGGGCGCCCUUAAUGGGUUACCAGGAGGAACACAGUCUGUUCUACACGACCAAAAAUACAUGCCUACUUUUGGUCAUUUACUCACAAUACUUCUCAAUAUAUCAACCGAUUCGCAUAUCCCAGCAAUAAAGGUAAGUGCUCUUGAAACAAUAAAUAGUUUUUUCUAUUUGGUCAAUGAUGGUGAAAUUCUAUCAUUAUUUUUUCCCGGCACAGUUUCCACAAUAGCAAAGAUCAUUAAGUCCAAACCUCAUUCGAAUGUCAUGUCACAAUCUUUUCGAACUCUUUCAACUCUUGUAAAUUUUGUUUUCAGCGAUUUUAGUAUUGGAACUGAAUUAAGACGAGAUGAUGCAUCUUUGGAAGCACUGAAGGCCAAAAUUGAAUCAUCAGCAGGUGAUAACAAUGAUUUAUUUGAACUGUCCCUAAAAAGAAACGUUACUAUUGAAAUACCAGAACAUGCCGAGCCCAAAAAAGUAAACAGGACUUUUGAGUGGUUGGAGACUACGAUGGUACAAUUCAACAAGGCGUUGAAGAUCAUUUUGAAUAUAGACUUCAACAGAUAUGAUAAGUUCUCUGUAAGAGACAGUCUGUUUGAGUUUGAAGUGAAGAUGAUCCGUAAUUGUUUUUUAUCUUGCCAUGGAGUUAUCCCUUUACUCUUAAGAUCCUUGUCCAAUGUUUGUGCGGUAGAUCAGUCAUUUUACACUAUAGCUACGGAUUCCAUUUUAACAUUAUCAGAAUUUGAACUCCUUAAAUCAUUGAUAAAGGAUAUCAUUACUGAAGAAUUGCAUGCUAUGCAAUAUAACUUUAUAUCUCCGGAUCCAACAAAGGCGGAAAACUCAAUACGACUUCUAACUCUGCUUACACACAUUCUGGAUGCGUCCGGUGAAACUGACGAUUCACUUACUAGUGCUAUUAUUCUAAAGCUUCAAGAAAACUUAUCAUACCUUUUUGAAAUAAAAGCUUCAAAAGACAUCAAAAAGGUUUCCGCUGCCAACAAUAGUAUAACGUCGAUAGAAAGUGAAAUGCUAAUUAUUUCAAAGUAUUACGCCCUGAACUCUUUUGAGAUCACAAAUAAGAACAGGUUAUUUGAAGGUAUUUUCACGGCUAGCACGGAGGAGGUGUUAAUGAAACUGAUUGCAGGCAUUUCAACAAAGCUUACAUCACUAAAUGAUUUCAACAUUGUUAGUCUAGACCCUUCUCCUAAAGGUCUUAUUAGAAGUUCUAUUCGUACAUGGAUCGUUUCCCAUAUGAUAGUUAACACGGUUGGUGCAACCGCACAAGAACCAAGUGAUUUUUUGCUACUUGAUAAUGAUUCUACCAACAGUACGGAUACGAAAGCUGAACAGGUUGUUUAUGAUCUAACAUAUUCGACAUUAGAGUCGUCUCUGUCCAUCCUGCAAUAUUGUUCAACACUGAGUACUGAUUCUGCCACUCUCACUGCGUCUACUGUGAUGUGUUUGAGGUCCAUCAAUAACUCAAUCACUAUUUUAGGGGAUGAGUUCAAAGAUGAACUGAUAGAUGUUUUGUAUCCGGUUGUUGAAUGUCUUGCCUCUUCAAACGAAGUUAUUAGAGGUGAGGCGCAACUUGUUACAAUUAGGAUUGCAAAUAUGCUAUAUGGUGGCUCUAUCAAAACGUUGCUGUAUGAAAAUUCAGAUUACUUGGUCGAUGCGCUAUCUUUCAGACUUGUGGGAGAUGUGUUGACUCCAAAAGUUCCCCUCAUUUUGUCUGUCCUUGUAAACUUGGGGACAAUGGAUAUCAUAUCAACGAUGGAUGAUGUUAUCCGAACCAUAUUUACUUUACUUGAUACUUACCACUCAUAUACUUCAUUAUGUGAAGGAUUCUUUUUUUUUUUUAAUGAGUUGAUAUCCAAAGUAUAUGGCAGUCUGGAUGACUUUGAUUUUACACAACUUGAAACGGAUUUGGAAGAAGACAAUGUGAUGACUUUCAGUAUGUGGGGACUAAAAUCAGAACAUGAUGUUGAGGAGUUCGUUAGUAAAAAGUCUCUUCAAAACGAAUACCUAGGCGAUAGCGAUGACGAGAAGGACAUUAUUGAUGAACCUGUAGAACGAAACAAAUUUUUGGAUAUCGAUAGCGAUGAUGAAGAUGACGACGGAAGAAUGUCCGUUCCGUCGAUAAAAGGAAAUGAAGAAGGGGAAGAAGACGAUGAUAAGUGGAUGUCACCGCUAGAUGUUAAAUUAUAUCUCACCAUAUCAAACAUCUUAUCAUAUGCAGAGAGAUUACUAUACACAAAAUCAACUUCUUUAACUAUAUUGCUGCUUAAAACCAUUGCAAAAAUAAUUCCUCUACUAGCAACCCAAAAAUCCAAAUUUCUUCCUGCUGCAGUAAGAAUGUGGGAAAUGGUCACCUAUCAUAUUAAUAAAGCAAGUGAUUUCAGGAUAAUGAACUUAUGCUUCGAUGUGUUGGAGGAAUUGAUCAGAUAUGGAAACACUUUCUUUGCCUCUAGGUUCAUUGAUUUUGUAAGGACAGCAAACGGUAACAAGUUCAUCAGGUCUCUAAUUUCUAAGCAGCUUGAUGUCCUGAAAAAGUUAAAACAGAAUGAAAUGAGGACGCACCAGGUGGUAUUGAAUCAAACCAGCACGUCAAUAAACUGGGAAACUGAAACAUAUAGGAGAGUAGCCAAACUUUUCGUUUAUGCUCUAGGAAAGUUGGGACGCUUCAUCCCUAUUGAUGUCGCUACAUCGAUUAUUGGCAUCACGCUACCCCUUGUUCCAAAUCCGGAUAACUACGGUUACUUUGAUGAUUUGGCUUAUUUUUUAAAGGAUUUUUCAGAUAAAUAG